AUUCAUAUGCACUCCAGCACCCCUAUUAGUUCUUUGUUCUCCUUCACCAGCCCUGCAGUGAAGAGACUGCUUGGCUGGAAGCAAGGAGAUGAAGAGGAGAAGUGGGCAGAAAAAGCUGUUGACUCCUUGGUAAAGAAGCUGAAGAAAAAGAAAGGUGCCAUGGAGGAGCUGGAGAGGGCGCUGAGCUGUCCUGGACAGCCCAGCAAGUGCGUCACAAUCCCUCGCUCUUUGGAUGGGAGAUUGCAGGUGUCUCAUCGUAAAGGUCUGCCACAUGUCAUUUACUGCCGAGUGUGGCGCUGGCCCGAUUUGCAGUCUCACCACGAAUUAAAACCAUUGGAAUGCUGCGAGUUCCCUUUUGGCUCCAAGCAAAAAGAAGUGUGCAUUAAUCCUUACCAUUAUCGGCGGGUGGAAACCCCAGUGUUGCCUCCGGUGCUGGUUCCAAGACACAGUGAGUUUAACCCACACCUCAGCCUCCUUGCGAAAUUCAGGAACACGUCCCUUCACAAUGAGCCUCUGAUGCCUCACAAUGCAACCUAUCCUGAUUCUUUCCAGCAGCCUCCCUGCACUCCUUUUCCAGCAUCACCCAAUAUGUUCUCUCAGUCGCCUAGCAGCGCAAGCUACCCUGAUUCUCCAGGAAGCUCUUCUGCACCAGGAAGUCCUUAUCAAGUCACAGUUGAAACACCUCCUCCACCUUAUCAUGUAAGAGAAACACCAGGAAACCACAGUGGACGUCCUAUACACCCACCUGCAGACAGUCAGUUAGUGCUGUCUUUGCCCAAUGGAGACUUCCGACCAGUUUGUUAUGAAGAGCCUCAGCACUGGUGUUCAGUAGCCUAUUAUGAACUCAAUAAUCGAGUAGGGGAGACUUUCCAGGCCUCUUCUCGAAGUAUACUUAUAGAUGGGUUUACAGAUCCUUCAAACAAUAAGAACAGGUUCUGCCUUGGACUGCUGUCUAAUGUAAACAGGAACUCUACUAUAGAAAACACUAGGAGACACAUUGGAAAGGGUGUUCACCUCUAUUACGUUGGAGGAGAGGUAUAUGCCGAGUGUGUGAGUGACAGCAGCAUUUUUGUGCAGAGCCGCAACUGUAACUAUCAGCAUGGCUUCCACCCGGCUACUGUCUGCAAGAUCCCCAGUGGCUGCAGCCUGAAGAUUUUCAACAACCAGCUCUUUGCCCAGCUGCUCGCCCAGUCUGUUAAUCACGGAUUUGAGGUGGUGUAUGAGCUAACCAAGAUGUGCACCAUCCGGAUGAGCUUCGUUAAAGGCUGGGGAGCAGAAUACCAUCGGCAGGAUGUGACAAGUACUCCGUGCUGGAUUGAGAUCCACCUCCAUGGACCGUUGCAAUGGCUAGAUAAAGUCCUGACGCAAAUGGGUUCCCCACACAACCCGAUCUCCUCUGUUUCAUAAAAGUCAUCUCCGUAGCUUACCUAUGGGAUGAACACUAUUGCAGGCAGUGGCCAGUAGAAUUCUCCCAUUGCAGCAAACCCGAAUUUCUGUAUGUAGCUGUAGAUAUAUGAAUGUGUACAUACAUAGUCUAUUAUUGGAAGGGUGAUGUUGGUGAAUGUUUUAUGGUCCAUUUUGUGAUUAUUAAUAUGGUGCCAAUCUGAUCCAUUGUGUUGCUGUCUGUGGGGAAAAGCUACAGAAAUCUGGGGUCAACAGGCA